UUCUUGCCCGAUGGCGGCCGCCACAGUCGCAGCGAAUCCACCCCAGUCUCGCUGCGGAGGGAGACAAUUAGAAAUGGCCACUACAAAGGAGAAGGAGGCGAAGAUGGAGGAGGACGAUCACGAGGAGGAGGAGGAGGAGGAGGAGGAGGAGGAGGAGGAAGGCGGACAUCCAACAUGAUCGGACUCGACAGGAUGAGUCCUCAUGCCGGAUCGGCUCUAUGGACGAAUCAAGUGACAACGAAACUGGCGACAACCUUCGCCAGCUUCAAGUAUGUUCAUAUCGAACAUCAACCUCCUGCGGUCUUGCAGUACGUGCAGCCAGUGCGGGCAACAGGCCCGCUGUCGGUCCAGGAUUCGGAGGAGGUGGAGGGGGAUGGGGAGGAGGACGCGGGCCAGAGCGGGCCAGACGAAGGAGUAGGAGAGGGGACCUGCAACAACCAGCGAUCGGCAACCCCUAAACCGAUCGGUGCCCGCGCAGCGGUGUGCGUGUGGUGGUGAGAUGCGAACCAUGCACUGAGCGAGCUGCUUGCUUUUCACGGCAGCGUGGCAGUCAACAGAUAACAUUGCACAGAAAACAUGGGAAUAAAUACUGGCAUCUCCGCUUGCAAUGGCUGUCGCUUGCCUGGACCAACAAGCGCCCGUUCGGAUACAAGCCAGUGUACCAUGAUAUGAAGCUGUUCCAGAAAGGGCCAACGGAUCCGUCUGCGUUGACAACGCGGCGCAGAAUAUAGUUAUCAACUCUGUCCCACUCGUCCGCGUUGAUCUUGCGGAACCCGAAAGUUUCCCCGGAGAAAACGGCCGCAAGGGGGACGAUUUCUGCGUACGAGCUGUUCGCAAACUCGAAAAUGUUCGCCGUCUGCGGCGACUCUGUGAAGGCGUAAUACGCGAUGAGAAGGCGGCCCGCGAACGUGUCCGACCAAGUCCAACGGCGCUGGAUGACCGAAGAAUCAACGAAUCAUAAGCAUACACUUUCGGAGCUCCUUGCGGAUUCCUUGGAUCGGCGCUGGCCCCCUCCGCGCGCCAAGGAGGGGGGUCCCGGCGCCGAUCCCGAACUCCGCGCGGAGCUCCGAAAGCUUCUGUUCAUGCAAUUUUUGUUCCUCGUGAUGAGGAAGGGCACUGGCACGGUCGUGGGAUAUGGCAAACUCCCCCGUGCACCCGCGAAGGACACCAACUGCUCCGCUGUCAACGGAUUGCCGUCCAUCCACCACACGCCCAGCAAGUCCAGGUUGAGCUCCUGCACGAAGGUGUUGAGAGCGGUGGCCCGGUCGAACCUUUCUCCCACGCCCGCUGCCCGGGCGUUCUCCUCGAACACGAGGUGGGCGUCGAAGGCCUCCAGGGUACACUCGGCGGUAGCCACGCGCAGCAGCACCCACAGCAGCAGCGCCAGCGCCGCCCCAAGAGAGCCCAAGCAGAAGCAGCAGCACUGCCCCCAGCAGUGCCGCUGGGCGUCCAGGGGGCCCCGCAGGGGCUGCCCGGGCUCGGAGCCCAUGUUGGACGCGUACCCCAUGGGCUGCAUCGGGGACGCCUGGCCCAAGCUGCGCCGAGUGGCCUGCCUUCCACGGGGAGGCCAUGCCAGGCUGCGGCCCCAGGGGCAUGUAGUGCGGCCAGCUGCCGGGCACCGCGAGGCUUGGGGAGCCCGGCGGCCGCCUGGCCGGGACGUGGCCCCGCGUAGGGCGGCGCACCGCCCUGGUAAUGCGGCCUGGUGCACAUGUGGCCCAUGGCGCUGGCCCGCCGGGGCCCGCCGGGGCCCCUCAAGGCGCCGCGGCCCCGGUCCUUCCGGGCUGCGGCGGCGCUCGGGCCGAAACGGCU